AGAUGAGAGGCCGGGAAAGGUGGGUCCCACACAAGGCAGCCGGUGUGAUGAGGAAACCGGAUGCCUGAAUGGAGGAGGAGGAGGAGGAGGAGGAGGAGGAGCAGGAGUUUAAAAAGUCUGGGUGUGGGUGGACUCUCUUUUCUCAGACUCACACACAAACACAAACCACCAGAGGCUAGAGAGACAAACUCUUAUGUAUUCUUUUACCUAUAAAUAAAUAUAUAAGUAAAUAAAUUUCCAGAAGGAUACAGACACAUACAAUCAUACAAAUACAAUUGAUUCUGUUGGUUUAGUUUUAUUUAUCUUCCAUAGAUUCAGAACUCAGAAAUCAAAUCAGAAGCGUCGUCUUCGUCUACAACUCUGCAACUGUAACUGCCACUGCGCAACCUCUCUCGGUUGGAAUAUCAAUUCAAUUGAAACGCCGCCUCGCUCUGUUGCCCUCCUUCUCCUCCUCCUUUAUUGCUUUCACUUACAACACCGGAGGAGGUUUCAAGUUUGGAGCUUUUAGCCGGUGAUAAUUUGUUUGCGCGAUUGUCAGACACAAUUAUAUCUGACUUCUUAUUUCCCUUGGUGGAUGACGAGAAAAUUUGGGCAGCUUUCAAGUUUACGCUUUUAGGAGGAUAUGAUGGAUAGAAUGCAUAGAUUACUUUUUCAGGUCCUGACAGAGCCCCAAAGGGGCGGAGAGUCGCUCCUCGGGACCAUUAAAAUUGCUGUUUUGCCAAUAGCAAAGGUUUUUACCAUGUGUUUUCUGGGCUUUCUCAUGGCCUCCAAGUAUGUAAACAUUCUGCCUGCUAACGGAAGAAAGCUCUUGAAUGGGCUGGUCUUCUCACUUCUGCUCCCCUGUUUGAUAUUUUCACAACUGGGACAAGCGAUAACUUUUCAGAAAAUGGUUGCAUGGUGGUUCAUUCCUUUCAAUGUCGUUCUUGCCACCAUAUCAGGCUCCAUUAUAGGUCUUAUUGUUGCAUCCAUCGUCCGUCCUCCUUAUCCAUAUUUCAAGUUUACAAUAAUACAAAUUGGAAUAGGGAAUAUUGGAAAUGUGCCACUUGUCUUAAUUGCUGCAUUAUGUCGUGACAAAUCAAACCCUUUUGGCGACUUUAAUAAAUGCUCACAAGAUGGAAAUGCGUACAUCUCAUUCGGCCAAUGGGUUGGUGCAAUUGUCCUGUAUACCUAUGUUUUUCACAUGCUUGCCCCUCCUCCUGGUGGAACGUUUGAUGUUGAAGAUGGAAAUCUGCCCGUUAAAAAUCCUAUGAGAAAUAGCUUUAAUGCCCUUGCGAAAGAUAAUUCUCCUGAGCAACUUCCCCUGCUUGCGGAGGAGGCUAUACCUGCUCAUUCGAGUGUUACAAAGAAAGAAAAGGUCCAAGCUUUUCUGAAAUAUAUCUAUGAAAAAUUGAAGCUCAAGCAAAUCCUGCAACCUCCAAUCAUCGCCUCAAUCCUUGCAAUGUUAAUAGGAUGUGUUCCUUUUCUGAAGAAAUUAGUUUUUACUUCAGAUGCUCCUCUCUACUUUUUUACAGACAGCUGCANCAUUAACAGAGAAGCAAUGAUCCCAUGCAUAUUGUUGGCAUUAGGAGGCAACCUUGUGGACGGACCGGGGAGUUCAAAACUUGGUGCACGGACAACUGCAGCUAUUAUUUUCGGGCGACUGCUCUUGGUUCCUCCAACUGGAUUAGGCAUUGUCAUGCUGGCUGAUAAGCUGGGGUUCCUGCCACCAGAUGAUAAAAUGUUCAGAUUUGUGCUCCUACUCCAGCACACAAUGCCUACUUCUGUGCUUUCAGGUGCUGUUGCCAGUCUCCGAGGAUGUGGAAGGGAGGCUGCAGCUGUCUUAUUCUGGGUUCAUAUUUUUGCUGUUUUCUCAAUGGCUGGAUGGAUCAUUCUUUAUCUCAACAUACUGUUUUAAAAGAAGAGCUAGCUUCUUUUGUUUAUCAAGGCUGGUCUUCCUCUAUGUAUAUGAUAAGAGGCAAACCGAACAAGGCAAGCUGGUUCUGGCUCAUUCAAGUUUGGAACUGCUAAUAUUGAGGAUAGAUUAAGGCAGACAUCACAGAGCGUAUACGCACCUGUAAUAUGUGAAAUAUUUCAUUGUUACGUUUUAAAAUCAUGAAAAUUUCCAACUCUCUUA